GUAAACAAAAAAAUCUCAAAAUUGUUUUUCAUCUCUUCAUUUUCAUGUAGCUGCUUCAAACCUCGAAGAUCUUGAUUAUGGUUCCAUUGCAAAAAGUAUGAUUUUGUCGGGGGUGCCACUUUAUGAGCCACAUCUUCAAUGGUGCCUAUCUAUGGUGACUAGGGAAGAAAAGGUUGGACUUAAGGGGGGAAAGCUUCCAAUUUCUGAUAGCUUUUAUUUGAUAGGGACUGCUGAUCCCACAGAGACAUUAAAUCGUGAUGAAGUAUGCGUUAUUCUUGAUUAUGGCCAAAUUGUUGGGGAAGUCUUAGUCUAUAGAAAUCCAGGGCUUCAUUUUGGGGACAUCCACAAAUUAAAUGCUGUUCAUGUGAAGGAAAUUGAUGAGGUAGUGGGAAAUGCAAAGUAUGGCAUAUUCUUCUCUACAAAAGGCCAUAGAUCGGUUGCCAGUGAAAUUGCUAAUGGUGAUUUUGACGGAGAUGUAUAUUGGGUUUCUAGGAACCGUGAGUUAAUUGAAAAAUUCAGGCCAAGUAGCCCUUGGCAACGUAUGCAUUCAACUCCCAAACCUGUUAGUAGAAAGCCCAACGAGUUUUCUUCUAAGGAAUUGGAGCACGAACUCUUUCAAAUGUUUCUAGAAACCAAAAUGCCAAGCUAUAGUAUGGCUGCCGCUUCUGACAGCUGGAUGGCUCAUAUGGACAAACUUCUGGUAAUUGGAGAUAGCUAUGCUACAGAAAAGGAAGCCAUAAUGGAAAAAAUGUUGCGUUUAAUAGAUCUUUAUUACGAUGCUUUAGAUGCACCAAAAAGUGGUAAAAAGGUCAAUAUUCCCAAUGAUUUGAAGGUGGAUAAGUUACCACAUUUCAUGGCUAAAGAACGCAAUUCGUAUCACUCAACCUCUGUCUUAGGAGAAAUCUAUGACACUGUUGUGGCAUACGAAACCAAAGCUCCACCAGCUGUUGAAAUUGAGAAAUUGCCUUGCUUUGACAUCAAAGUACCCGAUGAAUGCUUGAGACUAUGGAGGAAAAGGUACAAUGAGUACAGAGCUGACAUGGCGGAGGCUCUGAGCUCAAGUGGUGAGUCGAAGAAUGACUUGGCAAAUGAAGUCGUCAAGAAAUACAAGCAAUUGUUAUACGGCGCAGAUGAGCUGGAAGAGAGCGAGAUGAGCAUGAGAGAGAUAUAUGACAAUGCUCUUGCUGUGUAUCAUGUAACAUAUGAUCACGCCAUAUCCGUGUCAGAUGUUAGAAGAUGCAGUUUUGCCUGGAAAGUGGCAGGAUCUGCUCUGUGUCGGCUUCAUGCCGAGCUUCAGGCAAAGAAUAAUAAUAGUAAUGGCAAAGCCGUGGUUGUUUCCCCGUCCAUGUUGCAGAAAAUCUUACACUUGAGAGUGUAGAGUAGAGCAAAGACCAACUCAACCAAAUCUUUACCCAACCCACGAAAGAUUUUAUUUUCCUGAUCUCUGUGUCUUGGGAAAGUUUUUGUAUGUGACACCAAGGAGAGUAUAUAUGUGCUCCUUCAAUGUACCAUAGGAAUGUACCAUAGGAAAAAUAAUGUAUGCUGAAUUAGCAAUUGGCUUGUAAUGUAAUUUGUAAAAUCCUUCUAGGUUUUGGACUAGACAAAACUAAUUACAUUAUUUUAUUAUUACUACCCCGUCUCACUCUUUUUGUCCAGUUUUGACUUUUGGAACUGUUCAUCUAAGCACUUUGACUCAUCAAAUUCUCUCAAUGUGUAAGUCUAAAAAUAGUCAUGUGUGAUCUUGUUUGAUUUGUCUUAACAUAUAGAUUAUUAAUAUAUAAUUUUUAUAAUUUUUUUAUAUACAAAUUACAAGAUAAAAUGGAUUAAAGAAGUGCAUUGGAU